ACGUGGUUAAUAAAAAAACGUCACUGAACGUAAAGAAAGGGUUAAUAUCCAGAAAGGUACUUGAAAGAUGACAAAAACUGAUACCCAGAGUGAUGAAAAAAUAAGAUUUUUACAGUCUGUGUCUACAAAUAAGGAAGUUCUCCCUUUACCAGAGAAAAUGCUUCCUACCAAUAUUAUUCAACACGAAUCCUUACCAAAAGCAACAGAGAGAAAAGGUAAACGGCCAGCACCAAAUCCUAGCGUUUAUGACUUUCCCAAGGAAUACUGGCCAUCGUCAGACACAGAAUUAGUACCUGCAGACAUGAGUGCAAAUCAGCUAUUGAUGGAGUGUAGCAGAGAAAAAAGAAGGAAAAAAGAAAACCAUUCUAAUAGCGCUGUAGAACCUCAUUUAUCGUCUUUGGACUUAGUAAAUGCCCUGAGAAGAACUGAACGUUUGCCGAUUGUCUUCCUAAAACAGAAUCUUUCCAUUGUAAAACAAGCACUUAGUUAUCCUGAUAGUACAAUAUUUGAACAGAAAAUCACAGAGAAGAGAAAGACUUUUGUCGAGACUUUGAAAGAUGUUUUUGCUGAACGAAAUAUUGGAGACUCCCCCGAUAUAGACUGUCCCGAGCAGCUGACUAGGGAGAUAGGUAGACGAUUGAGACUUUGUUUAAUGGGCACAAGAACAUUCAAAUCCAUACCAUAUACAAUCGAUCUAACAAAUGUUAAGAUCAAGUCUGACGUUACUGAAACAAGAACUACAAACAUAUACCAACAAUCAAGUUCAGAAGUGGGUGUAUAAUUACUACCAUUUGUUGUCAAAUUGACUGAU